AUGAUACAGCAGCAGGAAGAGACUGCAUCACAUGACUCAGCGUCACAUGACAACAGCGAAGCCGCGUUCAGUGAGGACUCGGAUGCUCAGCACCUUCGCCAGCAGGAACUCCACAGGUAUCGAGGCUUCCUGUCAACCAGCCUGUGUGACAGACGAUCUCCUUACAGCGAGGACCUGUUUGUUUGUGGGAGGAGCUACGACCACACGAUCCAACCCGCAUCAGGCCGAGCUAAAAGCAAAACCCACGUCCCUCAAUACUUCAUUCAGCUGACAGAACUGACAAGAGACGGACUUUUGUGCAUGGCGGCAGCGGUGCUGGUGUUCAAGCUGGAAGACGGACGUCCUGAGGUGCUGAGGGAGGUCCUUCUGGAACGUGGAUGGGAGGAAUACAACAAAAGAGGGCAGGAAGAGGAAGACUGGAACCUUUACUGGCGAGCCUCUGCUUUUCACAUCUCACAAUAUCGUAAUCUGCUACCAUGGCAACGCCUCAACCAUCAUCCCAAAACUGCUGGCAUCACACGCAAGGACUGUUUGGCACGAAACCUGAGAAGGAUGAGAGCCACGUUUGGGUCAGCGUCAUACGACUUCAGUCCAACCACCUUCGUCCUGCCCAACGACUACACCCAUUUCCUGACUGAACACAACAAACAGCGUCUGACCCGCGGCCCGGCAGCUUACUGGAUCUGUAAACCCGUGGACCUCUCCAGAGGAAGACAAAUUUUUAUCUUUCAGGACAUGAAGGACUUGGUUUACGAUUGCGCCGUGAUCGUGCAGCGGUACAUCAGCAACCCACUGCUCAUCUCCGGCUACAAGUUCGACCUGAGGAUUUACGUGUGUGUGAAGAGCUUCCACCCGCUGACGGUCUACGUCCACCAGGAAGGCCUGGUGCGAUUCGCCACGGAGAAAUAUAACCUGUCAUCUCUGCACAACCUCUACGCUCACCUCACCAACACCAGCAUCAACAAGUCCGGACCUUUCUACAGCAGCCAGAAGGAGCGGGUCGGACAGGGCUGUAAGUGGAGCAUGAGCAAAUUCAGACAUUUCCUCCACAGCCAGGAAGUCGACGACCUCCUCCUGUGGCAGAGGAUCAACAACAUCAUCACCCUCACCCUGCUCGCCGUCGCGCCCUCUGUCCCCUGCUGUCCAAACUGUGUGGAGCUGUUUGGAUUUGACAUCCUCAUUGAUGUCAAGUUCAAACCCUGGCUGCUGGAGGUCAACUACAGCCCGGCGUUGACUCUCGACUGCCAAACCGAUGUGAGUGUUAAGAAGGCGCUGAUUGGUGAUCUGAUAGAUUUGAUGAACUACACGCCGGCUGACAGCUUGAGGAACACAAUUAGUCACAAACAAGGCUGUUUCCGUGCCAACCAAAGACCACACCUUCCAAAAGUUGUGCCGAACUGCUCUGAAGGCCCGAUGCUUCAGAAGAGGCGCGUUCGCCAAGAACUACUGCCUCCUAAGCUACCUCUGCAAAAAACGCUGCCACGCCACCGGAAAUGCUCCAGGCUCCAUGUUGCGGUACCUGACGGCCAGAGCUUCCUUCCUACUCUUACCUUACACGAGAUGUCUGCAGACAGACUGAUCAACACCCACAACACCGCUGCUCUCCACCAGUCACACCACCCACAUUUAAGGACAAACGGACGGAUGUGCGCGGUCCACAGAAGGACUCAUUACAAGCCUGAUGCUACAAACCACGAGACGAACCAAACUGAAGCCGAGCUGGUGCCUUCUGCUCUACCUGAUGACAUCACAUGGCGGGGGCGGAGACACCAAGAGACACAGGCACAGAAGCUCCCGCCCACCCACAGUUGGAGAUGUAGGUGGCGCCAGACUCCUCCUCAGGGAACCAGAUCAGCCAUGUUUCAGCAAGUCCCCCCAGUCCGAAUUGGGGACUUCAUACUUACGUUUCCUUUCAACUCAUCAACCCUGAAGGCAUCUCAACAUAAACUGGAUCUGAAAACGGUCAUCCAGGAGCUUCAUAUGCUGACCGCUCAGCUAGGCUCAGGCCGCGGACAAACAGGAAAGAAGAAGAACAGCAGAAGAGAAGAGGAGCUGAACGAGGACUUUGGUUCACUGUUGUGGGGACCAAAGGAUCCACCGUUGCUCAGUCAGUGCCUCAGAGGCAGUUAG